AUGCUCCAAAUAAAUAAAGCAAAGGAAUCAGGAAGCUUCAGCUCACUGCUCGAACGCUGUUCCACUUCCUCCAGGGCAACACCCGAUGAGAUCACCUCUUUCAACCUGCCCGAACCUCUGGGAACUCUAUUCAGCUCAACAUUUACUCCGAGGACCUGUCAGUUCCAUGAUAGGUAUUCAUGCGGUAUGCCAUCACAAAUCACCCCGGCUCCACGAGUGGGGGUAAACCCCAAUAUGUUUUCAACUCCGGCAGAAGCUAAACUCUCGCAGGUUAUUUUCGAAGCCAUGGUGCCACCGAAGCCCAGCUCUGGGAGCGCGGAGAUGGCAGCAUGCGAAGAGGUCAUUAGCGGGUCUGUCGGUAUGCCUCUGAACGCUCAAGCUUGA